AUGCCGAAGCUGACAUCACCAUCCUACUUGAAAAAUCAUAUGCCUUCGGAUUUCGAGAAAUUUUUUGUGGAAAUGAUUACUGUCGCUUUAUCUGAAGGUGCUCACAUAAAUACGCCAUUGAAGAUUGCUUUGUCACAGCUACCAGUGAAUGUCGAUUUUGCAUUGUCUCUUUUAAAACCGUUCACUGAACAAAAGACAAAGAAACGUGAUCGCAGCCUUUGCCACUGGGAUUGUUUUAAAACAGAAGAUUGCACACAGUUCGAAAGCCGUCGUCGUUUUGCGCUGGAAGUGUUGAUUGCCAAUGACAGCCUUCAAGCAUCCGCUAAGCUCUUUCAGCUGCUCUACGAAAUUCUGAAAGAGGCGAUUGUAAAACAAGCGGAUGAUGACAGCCAAUAUUCGCAACAGCUCGUUAUUAAUUUUAUCAUUUGUUUGAUCAAAAAUCCGCGAGGAUAUAAAGUGACGGUGAACGAUUUGCACUUGGACACAGUCGUUGAUAUUGUUCGUCAUACUCAGAGCCAUCGGAUUCUUCGAGAUUGUUUAAAUCUCCUAACAUGCGCUGUCGUUGUUGCACCGGUUAGUUUCCUCGACCAGUUCCAGGCGAUUGGAAAACAAGCGGAUGAUGAUAGUCAAUAUUUGCAACAGCUCGUUAUUAAUUUUAUCAUUCGUUUGAUCAAAAAUCCACGAGGAUAUAAAGUGACUGUGAACGAUUUACACUUGGACACAGUCGUUGAUAUUGUUCGUCAUACUCAGAGCCAUCGGAUUCUUCGAGAUUGUUUGAACCUCCUAACAUGCGCUGUCGUUGUUGCACCGAAAAAGGUACUGGCUCAUCUGAUGUCCGUUUAUACGUUUAUGGGUGAUGGAUUGCUGAAGAAGGAUAACGAUUUAACGCUGAGUGAUCCAUCAUUUUAUGAUCAAAUAAUAACAACCUCUCGACUGUUUGCUGCAUCGAUCGCCGACAUACCGGCACAUCGUCGUGAAAGCAUUUUACGUGCGGUUGCACGCUCCACAACAUCACGUUAUGUGCUAAGAGUUGCAUUCCAGUUCCGCAACUGUACACUUGCUUUGACCUAUAUUGCAUCGCUGUUGAUCGCCAUCCUGCAGGUGAUCUUGACAUCCGUUUCGUUCCCUGAAUAUAACUUAAUAAUCUCAAGGUCUUCAUCGUAA